GUUUGAGGAAAUAACAAAGAAAUAACGAAUCGCGCGCUCCUUCUUCAACUAACGGUCCAGAUCCGGUCUUCCCUUCACCCCAUACUUUGCUCCUUCUUCCACUCUCCUCUAUAAAAAUUCAUCCUCCCUUUCCCUCUCCCAUUCCUCAAAUCUCUGUCCCUUUCUCCUUUAAGCGCUCUGUUUUGUUCGUGUUUUUUUUUUUUUUUUGUCUUCUUUUCAAUCUGUUAUCAACAAUGUCUAAUACAGAGAAGGAGAGAGAGACUCAUGUUUACAUGGCCAAACUCGCCGAACAAGCCGAACGUUACGAAGAAAUGGUGGAGACUAUGAAACAAGUAGCGAAACUCGGUUGCGAGCUGACAGUGGAAGAAAGGAACCUUCUGUCCGUGGGAUACAAGAACGUGAUCGGUGCGCGGAGAGCUUCGUGGCGGAUCAUGUCUUCGAUCGAACAGAAGGAGGAGUCGAAGGGGAAUGAAGAGAAUGUCAAGCUGAUCAAAGGGUACCGCCAAAAGGUUGAGGAAGAGCUCUCCAAGAUCUGCACUGACAUUUUGGGCAUCAUUGACAAGCAUCUCAUCCCUUCUUCUAACUCUGGUGAAGCCACUGUUUUUUACUACAAGAUGAAAGGUGAUUACUACCGGUAUGUUGCUGAGUUCAAGACAGAUCAGGAGAGGAAAGAGGCUGCUGAGCAGUCAUUGAAAGGCUAUGAGGCUGCUUCUGCCGCUGCAAACACAGAUCUUCCUUCAACUCACCCAAUUCGUCUUGGCCUUGCCCUUAACUUCUCUGUCUUUCAUUAUGAGAUAAUGAAUUCUCCCGAGAGGGCCUGCCAUUUGGCAAAGCAAGCCUUUGAUGAGGCAAUUUCAGAGUUGGACACUUUAAGUGAAGAGUCAUACAAGGAUAGCACCCUAAUCAUGCAGCUGCUGAGAGACAACCUCACCCUGUGGACUUCUGAUUUGCCUGAAGAUGGAGGUGAAGAUAGCGUAAAAGGUGAAGAUGGUAAAUCUACUGCAGAAGCUGAGGUAAAAGGCGAGAAAUGAGGAAUCUGGGAUCCUGCAUGUGGCAAUUCAAUGUUUUCUUAGCACUCUGCAGAAUCUGCUUCUUAUAGCUCUUCUCACAAAGAGGAUUGGAUCAACCAGUCUAUUAGCCCUUUUACAAUGCUAAUGAUCAAUUUCACUACAAGCAAAGCCAGAUGAUGAAGUUGAUCUCUUGAUCCAACCAUGUUUUUCUUUUCACUACUGUUGUUUUUUUUUUUUCCCCAUUUCUGUUGCUUUUGCUUUUAUUUUAAUGUUGUCUAAUAUGAAAAACUUAUUGAAACUAUGGCUGUUUUGUUAAAUUUUGCUUUAUAAUUGUAUCCUCUCCCCCCUUGCCUUCUUGGCUAUUUUGUGUCA